UCGGUACUUUAAAAUAGAUUGCAAAAAAAUGCGGUACGUUAUCAGUACCUCUGUAAAUACCGACCAUGAACGUCGAAAAAAUCGAAAAACUUGAAGAAAUCGUCCCUUUGGACGAGAACCAAACCAUAAUAGAGCACCAAGUGAAACGUUUGACAGCAGCUGGUGAAAACUAUGGUAGUUUAAUGCUCAGUGUUGACAUCACCGUCCAAAAUUCUUACGGUACUGAAGAAAUCCACACCGUUGCAAAAAUGGUACCACCAAAUGACUUCAUCCAGAAAGUUUUCAACACCCAGACGACCUUCAAAAACGAAAUUGCCUUUUAUAAUAACAUAGUACCAGUUUUGCACGAGUUCCAGAGGGAACAAGGUAUGAACGAACUUGUAGACUUCUCCCCCAAGUACUACGGAGGUCGGAUAAAUUUAAGUGGAGACCCGAGUGUUGUCGAUUCGGAUGCUGUUCUUCUGCUAGAGAAUUUGAAGACUGCCGGGUACAAGAACUUCGAGCGAACGUUAGGAUUUGAUUUAGACACUUCUAAAUUAAUAAUCGCUGAUUUGGCACAUCUGCACGCGGUACCACUAGGACUGAAACUAAAAAAGCCCGAUGUGUUUGAAACUGAAGUGAAGAAGUACUUAGCACCUUUAAACUUUGAACGACCCCAGGCCUUGUACGACCGAUUUUUUGCUGUUGCUGAUAAAAUAGAUGAAUUGAAACUUUUCAAGAAAAGGAUUCAGAAGGCUUUCGACAACUCUUUGGCACACAGCGAGGUCCGCGAAACCUUUGCAACCUUUGUACACCAGGACUGCUGGGUAAACAACAUCAUGAUUAAAGUGGAAAAAGGAAGAUCAGUUAAAAAUAAGUUGGUUGAUUUUCAAGUUUGCGACUACGGAUCACCCGCUACAGAUUUAAUUUUCUUUCUCUUCUCAAGUGUCCAGAAUAACGUCCUGGAAAAACAUUACGACAAUUUAGUCCGGUACUACCACCAAACAUUCACCUCGAUCUUGCAGAAACUCAAAUGUGAUACCACAAGAUUCUCAUUGAAUGCUCUCUUAAAAGAAAUUAAUUAUGAAGCUGCCAAUUCACAGUUCACGCAUUUGAUGUUCAUGACGUUUCCAAUUUUUGCAAGAAAAGGGGCGGUGAAGGAGCUGACGGACCUAACACCAGACGAUUUCAUAUCAGAUUCGGUCGAAAUCACGGACCUUCACAAAGAAAAAUUAAUUUUUAUUGUUAGACAAUUUGCUAAACAACACUGGAUUUGAGUAAAUUUUUUGAAAAAAAAAACGUGUUGUUUUUGUGUUUUUGACCCACUUAACACGACAGGAAACUCUGUUUAAUGUAACCUAUUAUUACCCCACAAG